GAGAGAGAGAGAGAGAGAGAGAGAGAAAAUGGUAAGACUAGGAGGGUUUUUGGUGUGCCUCUUGAUCGUGGCAAUGGACAUCGUAGGUGGGAUUCUGGGCAUCGAAGCAGAGCUUGAACAAAACAAGGUCAAGCACUUGAGGCUAUGGAUUUUCGAGUGCAGAGAACCAAGCCAUGCAGCUUUCAAGCUAGGAUUAGCCGCAGCAGGACUUUUGGUUGCAGCCCAUGUUGUUGCUAACUUGCUUGGUGGAUGCAGUUGCAUUUGUUCUCAAGAAGAGCUCCAAAAGGCACCUCCUAAUAAGCAACUCUCUGUGGCUUGCCUCGUCUUCACCUGGAUCAUUUUUGGGGUUGGAUUGGCCAUGCUGGUGAUUGGGACUUGGUCAAACCACAAGUCAAGAGCUUCAUGUGGCUUCACACACCAUCAUUUUCUGUCAAUUGGAGGGAUCUUGUGUUUUGUUCAUGGCCUGUUUUGUGUAGCAUAUUACAUAUCUGCCACUGCAUCCACUGACUAAAACCCAGUUCAGUAUCAAUCAUUCAGUCCAUUCUUAUAUAUUUGUUUCCUUUUGCCAAAUUACUUUACUAAUCCAUCCUUCCAUGCUUACACCAUGCCUCCUGACUGUGAAAUGACAAUGCUACCCUUUACCACUCACUUAGUGCCAUGUAAGACAAUUUUAGUGCUAAUCUCUCCUUACUCCUCAAGUAAUUUAAUAUAAAAGGAAUGGAUUAUAUUCAAUAAUGCUGCUUAUCUCAAGAUCAUAUUGUUAGGUGCCUUUUUCUUUUUCUUUUAUUUUCCAAAGGCCAUGGAUUAAUAUAGAAGAUGGAGCAAAAGACUCAAUAGCGUAGUGGUUCGGAGCAAUUGCUCCUCCCAGAAAAGGUCAUGGGUUGAGUCCUAGCAUCCGUGUAGUGUGUGUGAGUUUAAUAUACUAUUGUCCCUCUCAAUAGAAAAGAUCAUAAAAAAAAAAAGAAAAAAAAAAAGAAA